AUGUCCAGUACCAGCCAAACACAAAUGAAUCUUUCGCAGGAACUCGAAACCUUAUCAUUGUCGGACAAAGAAGAAAAGUUUAGUGAAUAUCUUGACAAGCUAGGAACAUUAUCUCAUGUCGAAAAAGAAGCAAAAUUUAGAGAGUUUUGGGAUAAAAUGAGUCAAUGUUUUGCUGGUACAGGUAAUAUACACUCUACCCACGAUAACGAAAAUAUGACCCAAUACCAGACAGAUGAAUAUCGCAAAAUGGCAAUUGCAGAUAAAACUUUUUCAUUCGCAAAGCAGCAUAAACUUGAGCACAUUAUUUUCUCUGAUUUCACGACUUUACCCGACGGUAAUGUUAUUGGGUCUGGUGUAGAUGGUAAACAACUUGAACAAGUUAUGUGCGCCAAUAUUAAUGUUACCACUCGUUUUACUUGUAAGAACGUCGGUGAUAAGCUUUGUACAAAUUGUAGAGUUAUCUUUUAUUGCAGCAAAGAAUGUCAAAAGAUGCAUUGGAAGUUUCAUAAAACUGAAUGUAAAUCUGACAUCGCAUCAAAAGAUUGGCAACCAAACUAUAUUAAGGAAAAGAGAACACCAUCGUUCUUUUCAGAUAGUCCUUCUAUGCCUUUUUUUAAUCCUAUGAAAAAAGUAGAAUAUUUAUGGGGGAAUAUGCCAGCAAUUGAUAUUGUUAAAAUAGCUUUUAAUGAACUUGCAGAUGGAAAAUCAAGUUUUAAUAAGCCCAUUAACCUUCUCUUUGCUGCAAGUGGAGAUCUCAAUGAUAUUAUUACAUCAAUAAAUGGAUUACCACUCGACUUCGAUCAACCAGUUAAUAUUUGUGUUAACGAUUACGCAGAAAGGGUUGUGGUUCGAAACUUUAUUAUACUUUAUUUGCUUGCAAAACUUGGAAAGAAUGCUAUUGAUAUCGCUAUUCAUAUUUG